ACCCCCACCCCCAUUGCCUCUGCAGUUUCCCAGCGCUUAGCCAGGGACCCAGCGGAGCUGCCUGGCCCCUUUCAGGAACAACGGAACCAUGAUGAAGGCAACAGGAGUCAGAAAACUAUUCAGUGCAGGAAGUCCCAGUAUCCGGUGAGAAAUAAGAAGUACAACAGCACAGGAUGCGCCUUGGAUCAGGGGGACGUGAAAAGCUCUCAGCCUUUGUGUCCUCCUCUGAGCCAGAGCGUCUGCUCCGGAGCCCCCUGCUCUCCUUGGAACUCAGCUGGGGACACCACUGUCGCUGUCUGACUUCCAGCCUCUGCUGAAGAGGACCCGGGGCCACCAUGUCCAUCCCUACCGGUCUGCUGCUGCUGCUGCUCCUGGACCAGCCCUGGAUGGGAGCUGGUGCUGACGGGAAGGCUGUGUUCUGUGCAGAGACUGCCUGCUACACUGCCCACUGGGGCAAGCAGAGUGCAUCUGAGGCCCAGCAUCACUGCAGGCAGAACGGGGGCCACCUGGCUACUGUGAAGACUGAGGAGGAGGCCCAGCAUAUCCAGCAAGCACUGGCCCAGCUCCUAGAUCAGGAAGCACCGCUGGCAGCUCGGAUGGGCAAGUUUUGGAUUGGGCUCCAGCGAGAGAAGGGCAAGUGCCAGGACCCCAGCCUGCCACUGAAGGGCUUCAGCUGGGUGGAUGGUGGGAUGGACACACCCUACGCCAACUGGUACAAAGAAGUAAAGAACUCAUGCAUCUCCAACCGCUGUGUGUCCUUGAUGCUGGACCUGUCCCUGCCACCCAUGGCCAACCGUCUCCCCAAAUGGUCUGAGGGUCCAUGUGGGAACCCGGGUUCCCCUGUCAGCAGCAUUGAUGGCUUUGUGUGCAAAUUCAGCUUCAAAGGCAUGUGUAGACCACUUUCACUGGGAGGCCCAGGCCAGGUUAGCUAUACCACCCCCUUCCAAGCCACCAGCUCUACCUUGGACACAGUGCCCUUUGCCUCUAUAGCCAAUGUGGCCUGUGGGGAAGGAGGAGAGGGUAAGCAACAUUUCUUCCUGUGUAGGGAGAAGGAGCCUGGUGUAUUUGACUGGGGUAACUCAGGUCCUCUCUGUGUCAGCUCCAUGUAUGGCUGCAACUUCAACAAUGGAGGCUGCCAGCAAGACUGCUUUGAGGGGGGAGAUGGCUCCUUCCGCUGUGGCUGUAGGCCGGGGUUCCGGCUGCUGGACGACCUGGUGACCUGUGCCUCCAGAAACCCUUGUAGUUCCAACCCCUGCAGGGGGGGAGCAACGUGUGUCCCUGGACACCAAGGAAAAGACUACUCAUGUCGCUGUCCCCAAGGCUACCAGCUAGACGCAAGUCAACAGAACUGCUUGGAUGUGGACGAAUGCCAGGAUACCCCCUGCCCCCAGGACUGUGUCAACACUCCUGGGAGCUUCCGCUGUGAGUGCUGGGUGGGCUAUGAGCCCAGUGGUCCUGGAGAGGGGUCCUGCCAGGAUGUGGAUGAAUGUGCCUUGGGUCACUCUCCCUGUGCUCAGAACUGCACCAAUACAGAAGGCUCAUUUUACUGCUCUUGCCAAGAAGGCUACGAACCAGAUGGGGAGGAUGACACCCAGUGCCUAGAAGUGGAUGAAUGUGCUGGCCCAGAGGGCAGACUCUGUGAUGACAUAUGCGUUAAUGUGCCAGGGUCCUUCCACUGUGGAUGCAAGCCUGGUUGGGAGCUGGCCCCUAAUGGGGUCUCCUGCAUUGUUGACUCUGCUUUCUCAGGAGUAACGACUGGGCCUCACCAAGAGGAGGAAACAGUAGGUGGACAGGACAACUUCAUACCUUCUGCCACACCAUUCAGCUCAGCCAAGGAUUUUGAGGUUGCAUCCAAGGUGCCCCCCACUGUAAGGAGACCUUCCCUCCCAUGCAAUAUAUCCAUGACUGCUGCUCCACCUGAGAUGCUGGCCCCUAUCCACACCAGUGGAUUCCCUGGUGUCCAGAAAGAACCCAGUACUCACAACCCCACAGUCACAGACACUAUGGACCUUGAGGAAUCUACUGGUGAGGAUCUUGUGGCCAAGCAAAGUGAAGAAGGUACUGAUGGGCAAAAGCUGCUUCUGUUCUACAUCCUGGGCACUGUGGUGGCCAUCUUACUCUUGCUGGCUCUGGCUCUCGGGCUUUUGAUUUAUCGCAAACGGAAAGCAAGGAAGGAGGUGAUAAAAGAGAAAAAAAACCAGAGCACAACGGACAGCUACUCCUGGCCUUCAGAACGAGCUGAGAGCAAAGCCAUGGAGAAUCAAUACAGUCCGACGCCUGGGACAGACUGCUGAAGGAGUGGUGGCCACAGAGACCCUGACAAUCAGCUUCCUUGUUCUCAGAGUUUUAAGUGCAUCCCUGCCCUGGAAUGGAGAGAGGGCACACAUUCUUCAGAAAGAUAGAACUGAACUGGAACCUUAACAAACAGUUGUAAACCUUCACUUUAAAAACCUGUCAGCUUGGUAUGUGCAGGUAUUUGUUACAUUUGUAUAAUUUGCCUAAAGUGGAAACCAUAUGUUGGGAGUAUCCUUGUGGGAAUUUUGUGAUUGCUAACAGUUCUCAGUUGUCCUCCCUUUUCAGACAAAAUGUGACUAAUUUAAUUUUUUUACACUGAUUGUGUAUGGAAUAAUACAGGUCAGGUGCUCUUAGGCCUUAAUUAUUCAAAGAAGAGGCCAUCUGCUAAUGCUGUUUAAGAAUUACUUUUCUUAGAAUAAACCAACAAAUUGUGUUGUUAUAUAAAAAUACCCCCCUUUUUUUGUCCAAGGGAGUAGAUAGGAUUAGAUUUUUUUUUCAGCACCAAUACCUCAUGCAUGUGUGAUUCCACUACUACCAGGCUGAUCUAUUGUUAUUGUUAUUUUUUCUUUUCAGAUAUAUAGAAACUGAGAGGGAGAGAAAAGGAAGUAGAGAGAGGGAGGGAGGGAGAGAAUGAGGGAGAAUAAGAGAGGGAGAGAGAGGGGGAGAGAGAGCAGGGUUAUGAUAGCACCAUUUCACCAUUGUGAAGCUGUAAUACUUCUCUGUGAUGCCUGGACUCAAACCCUGGAUUCAGAGCAGGACAGGACAGGUACCCUACUGGGUGAGCCUUCUCCUGGCCCCCUGAAAUCAUUUUUAAUGUUCACAUUUGCAUUCCUGUGUCUUACUAUUAUAGGUCCUGCUGAAUGGGUGUUAUUGAAAUCACCAAAGUACAUUUAAAUUGCUUAGAUAGCAAGGAGGCUGAAAGUUCAGAAAUCAUAGUUCUGAAGUUCCUAGUAGUCUUUGAUUUAUUUGAAAGUGAAAUUUGUAAAACUGUGGGGAAAGUAGGAAGUGAAUUAAAAGUAUGUUUGAAAAUAUGUCAUCUCAAGAUGAUGGAGGUCUGUUUUGCAAGCACUUGAAUUAGUGCAUCUAAAUGCACUGAUGUAAUUACUCACCUGAGCACUGAUGGGAUAAAAUCUCAGAUGGAAACAAGUCCAGGACAAUUUGUCUCUGACCUUUUCCCUCCCACCCCCCACCCUGAUGCUGCCCACCUUUCCUCAUGCAGUUCUGGAUGCAAGGGCUUAGUUUAUAACUGGAGAAGGUGUUUCAAAGUCUCUUAUUCCAAUGGUUUCUAAAAGAUAUGUGAGGGAUAUGAUAGCCUGAGUUUUGAAAGCUGCUGACAGAAAGUAUCAAGCAUAGGUCACAGUCAACACUACAUCCUGACCCUGAUUUGUAGCUGAAGUUCAUAACCUAGUUAGUUCUGUGGGGUAACCUCCUGGUCCUGUUAUGAAUGUCUGAUCUCUCUCUCUCUCUCUGUCUCUCUCUCUCUCUCUGUCUAUCUCUCUCUCUGUGUCUAUCUCUCUCUCUCUGUCUCUCUGUCGGUGAGGGAGAAAAAAAGAACAAGAUCAUUAACUAAGAUUUCUUGAAAUAGCAAAACAUGCUCAAAGCAAUGCUAAUGUAUAUUCUUCAGUUAAGUUCUGUAAUCACAGAGCACCCUUCCAAUCUUGGUGUCAAGAGCAUUCUCUUCCUGGCUGUUUUUUCCAGUGUUUCUGGGGAGCAGCCCAGGAUUCCCAAUAGUCAGAAAUUUCAAAGCUGUUGAGUGGCUUUCUGCAACCACUGUGCAAGAGGACAGACUGAGGGAAACAUUUCCUGCCCAGGAGUCCAACUCUAUCUUUCAGAAAGAGGGCUCCCGAUUGUUUCGGCUUUUGCCUCUGAAAUGCCUCUCUCUCUGAGGUCACCACUCUCACAGGAAUAGCAACCAGGUGCAUGACCUUCACAACUAAGUAAAUAUCCUUUUGGAAGGAGGACACAACAUUUUUUUUCUUUUUCCAUAAGUAAAUGUAAAACUGAAGAAGGUAAGAUGGAAGGAAAGAUGGAGGCUUUGUGGGGCUCAAAGAGAUGUUUUGGAACCACUGCAUUUCACAGUCAUCUAAUCAGUUUUCAGUGGGAGCACUGAUGUUAAACAUUCCAAGAGACAAAGUCCAUGUCCUUUUGACCACAGGGCCCUUCUCUAUCUGUGGUAUUGAAAACAAUUUUGAUGGUUUUUAAGACUUGACCAUACCUAUUCCUGAUCAGUAUCUAUGCAUAGAUGACAUAAAAGCAAAUCCAACAUCUCUGCCUCUAGAACUUUAAUAAUUCUUUCUCCUCUCUUUUGGAAGUAGAAGGGAUUUUAUAAGUUUUCUGUCAGCCUGUCUGUGGUUCUGUGAGCCUUGUAUUGGGCAAGGCUAUCAAUGAGCUUUCUUACUUUAGUGUUUGGAUUUCCUAUACAUUUCAGGCUUAUUUUCUGGUUUGAAUUCUUCUCUCUUCCUCCCCUUCUCUGUAUAUGUAUGUGUGUGUGUGUGCGAGGGGAUGUCUAGACCUGCCCACCCCAUAUUAGAGAUCUCUAACUUCUGUUGUGGAUUCCACUGGUGAGUAUGCAUUAAUAAAGAAGAUUAAAAAAAACAAACAAAAAACUUUUGGGCAGAGUCUGCCUGCUCACUCUCACAGACCCUGCUAAACAGUUGCCACGAUCCCAACACUGGACAGCCUAGUGGUCACAAACACAUGCAUUAUUCUCUCAUUUCAUGUGACUGUUAUUUUUUCCGCAGUAUACAAAUUCUUUGGAAGGAAACUUAGGGUGGGAGAUGGAGCAUAGCAGUGGGUAAACAAAUGAUCAUUGAUCAGCCAUUCAUUUAUCUAGAGGGGCUCCAGGUGACUGAGGCUGUGACACAGAGACCAAGACAAAGGGGUACUGGACAAAGUGUAGGAGGAGGAGUACUCUGCCAUCUGUAGAUUCCUCCAACCAUGACCCCAUUGCUGGGCAGGGACAGACCCGGUGCUAAUCUGUCCUGACUUGUCCAGCAGCAAAACCAGUUGAGAGAGCUCCAGGGCAACAGAUUCAAAGACAAUGAAGACUUUUGCCUAAAUAUAAAUUUCCAUAUUGCAGUCAUUCCAUGAGACUCUUGGAAAAACAAAAUCUUUAUUAAGUUCAAACUUAUUCCUCCCACCUCCCAAGGCCAACAACUAACAGGAAUAUAUCUCCUUAGACAUACAGUCCUCUGCCUGUUCCUGACUAUUAGGGGCAGUUGCUACUCUCCCUUUCUUCUUACUUUGAGAGACAUGGUGCAGGAGGAACCUUCCCCCAGGAAAUUGGAUGGGUAUAGGAAAACAAGGAUGGGGCUGAAUAUCUCAAAAUGCUGAGGCUAUACUUGAGUGUGAUCUAUCCUUUGUAGGACAGACCCAGAGCUUUUCAGCUGCUUGGAUGUGAGGCAAAGAAUAGUCACCCAGGAAGCAAAGAGUGGUCACCUAGGAGACUAGUCUUCUGGUGACUAUAUAGUACUAUACCUCCACCCUAUUUUCCCCAGCAGAAUUGAGUGUAUGAAUUAGUCAGUUAACCUAGUUCCAACCCCCAGGGUAGGAACCUAGUCCCUGCAGAGCUUGUAUUUAGUCCUAAGUGUAAGCUCAUUAUAGACUCACAAUCUUUUUAGAAAAAGCUUAUCUUGGGUGGGGGUAGAUAACAUAAUGGCUACGCAAAGAGGCUGUUCUGCCUGAGGCUCCAAAGUCAUAGGUUCAAUUCCCCUGCACUGCCAUAAACCAGAGAUGAGCAGUUCUCUGGUUAAAAAAAAAAAAAAAAAGGAAAAAGAAAGAAAGAAAAGCUCAUCUUGUGCACAUUACUAAGGUUCAAACCCAGACCCCCUACCUGCAAAGGGAAAGCUUUUACAAUUGAAGCAGAGCUGCAGUUCUCUCCAAACCCCCAUCUAUCUCCUUCCCUUCUCAAUUUCUGUCUUACCAAACAAACAAAAAUUAAUUAAUUUAAAAAUGUUUUUUUAAAAGCUAUCUUAACAUUUCUUGCAACAUGAUUAGGUUAAAAAAAAAAGGUGUAGUAAGAAGUUAAACAUGUCUAUGUCCCUGUCUAUGUACAUCAUGUAGGAAGACAAGUUUUUUCUCUUAAAUUCCCAGGUUCAUAUGAUUAUUCUUUUGAGUUUUUUUUUUUCUUCAAAAGUUUUAGUUUCAACACAUCCCAGAUGGAAACUAGACUUGCACCACUUGAACAACCUUGGAAGAAUGUGGAUUUGAUCAUUAGGUACUUUUUGUUUCAACCUUCUGUCUUAUAAAUAUUUCUGUGAAAGCCAAAGAUCUUACUGGCUUCAAAAUAAUACAGUUCUUAAAAAAGCACACACACAUAUAUUAAAAAAGCAAAUAUAUAAAAGGAGAGCCUUUUCCUAUUAUUUUUUUUCUUCUAAACUUCUCCAUUGUCUAAAUCAGGAAAACAGGAAAGCUUUGCUUUCUAGCAGCUGCAUAAUGUUGUAAUGUCCCCUGCAUAUUUCCAUCACCUUAAACAAUAGCUUUGGCUUGGGAAUUUGAAAUUUAAUCCCUGAAAACAUCUGUCCCUUUUCUAGCUACAAAAUCUGCUCUUUAAAUCUGUAUAUAUAUAUAUAUAUAUAUAUAUAUAUAUUUUUUUUUUUUUUUUUUUUAACUGAAAUGAAGACAAUCAUAAAAAUUCUCCAUGUAUUUGAUAACCAAGUAACUUAGUUCAGUUGAGAUUUCUGGAACUAAUACUCAUUGAAAUGCUGAUUUUUUUUUUUUUUUUUUUUAGUGGACUGUGUUUUGGUCUGUUCCUAAAGAUAAUGUCCAUUUAUUUUAGGAAGAGAGCCUGGAAUUCUUUUCUUGAAUUGUUCCUCUUAUCUGCAAGGUGGCAAGUUUCCUUUCUAACAGAUUUUGUAGGCAGUUCCUUGGGCCUGGAGUUCUUUUUCAUGUUUAGCUAAAGCUUGAGUUAGCUCCUAUACAAGGCCUUGCUCUGUGGUGUUAGAGAUGCAAAUGUUGGCAAUUGCACUAUGAAUACUAAAUAAGGAUGUAAAUAUUUUAAAGAAUGUUUAUUUAAAAUGUACUCCAAUAAUUCUAGGAUAAGGAAAUUACCUUGCUGGGUUGAUUUUUACCCUCAGCAUAAAUGUAGCCUAUGUUGGAGGAGGGGAGAUAAUGGGACUCUGAGAAAUGGAAUGGCACUUUGAGUCAGCAUCAUUUGUCAACUUUUGCGGUUUGGGUUACACACCUAGCCUAAUAACCAUUCAAAUACAAUAGCUGUCAACUUGCUUUUAAUGUAUUUGAAAAAAAAAAAAAAACCACCUCAAAAUGUUUAGCAGAACUUGCAUUGGAGAUCAUGAAAGUCAUCCACUUCCCUUUUCAGAUUGUUGCUUGAUAGAGGCACCUUUUCUGCUCUCUUUCAACAUCUUCACCUACCAAAGGUAACAGAGCUCCUUAGCUGGCGCUGGAAUCUUCCCUCUGCAGGAACCAUCCCUCCAAGCUCUGUCCUCAGGGAAAGGGGCACACUGAGGGUCAGUGCUACCCCACAUGGCAGUGUCUCAGCUGCUGAGACACAAAGCUGGAUUGAUGCUGACAGUUUUUGCCUUCUGAUCCAGAGUCUGCUCUCUGUGUCUCAUCUGUACUGUUCAGUUUCCUGCAGCUUUUUAAUUGUAGGGAUGGUGGUUGGUGUUGGAUUAUCCACUGAAGGAUAGUCCACUUGGUGUGAUGUGAAAACACCAUUCUAGAAGUAUUACAGAAGCAUUUAUCACAGCUUUGUUAGCAAAGCCUUUCCAGUUUAUUUAGCUAAUUGGACAGGCAGGCCAGAUCCUUCAUUGUUUGGCUGCACAAACCUCACUGUGUCCAGAAACUGGGAAAGCAGAUGGUGGUCAGUUCUGAGUCCACCUGCUUUUCAGAUUGUGUGCUUAGGAAGGACAGGCUUAGGGAGGAUGAAGAGCUCUGCUCUGUUGUGCUGCUAAUGGAUAGAACACUUGCCAUGAGCACCCGAUGCUUAGCAUUGAAUAAAGCUGAUCAUUUGAGGAGUCCAGUCACUAAUAAAAUAAAUUUGGAAAUUAUCUCUUAGUACAAAAAAAAAGAAGAAGAGAAAAAAGGCUAUCUCUAGCACAUACACACAUGCCAGGCAUACACAUGGACAUGUACCAUAAAUGUACAUAAACAUAUACAGACAUAUAAUUUAAGUAUCCUCCAUAUAUAUAUGUCAAAAACCCAAACAACCUGAAACUAGCAUUUCUUGACUAAAGGAAUAAGUCAUGAUCAAAGAUUCCAAUUACUUUUGGGGAAUCAUGGAAGGAAUUGAGUGUCACACAAACAAUCUUGCUGCUUCUCUCCCAGGUAGUUUCUUCAUUUAGAUAGAAUGACACAAAGAGAGACAGAGGAAGGGAGAAGAGAGCAUAGCAUAGCACUGGAGCUUUCCCUGGGCGACACCCAUGGCAAGAUAAGCACCACACCCCAUGAGUUCUCUCUCUCUCUGACCCCAAGAGAGCAAAUUUUAAUAAUGACUCUUUUUGGUCUCCUUUGCUACAUGCUAGCUAAAAUAACUUAAGUGUUAGGUAAGUCUUUAAAAUAUGACUCACAAAAAUUCAAUUUAUAUAGUGUCAUUUGGUUGGUUAAGAACAGUUGUAGCAGAUACCAUGGUUUAAAAUACAAGACCCCCCC